CCCCCGGGAUCCACAAUGCACUUCACUGACGUUCGCCCGGCCCGGGCUCAGCAUGGCGGCGCUCAGCAGCGUCUGGCAGCGGCUGCUGCGGCCUGUGGCGGGGUGAGUUGUUCUCGCGUGGGCGCGGCCGGCAGAGGGAGGCUCGGCCUGGGGCUGCUGAAACCCAACCCAACUCCCCUCUCCGUCUCCUCUCGCUCGGCCAGGGGCGCCCGUGCCUCCCGCUCCCUGCUCGCCCCGGCCGGAGCCCGGGGGCUGGCGGACAAGGCGAAAGAGGCCGCGCCCGCCCCGGCGCUGCAACGGGCACCCCCCAUGCACGACAGCAUCAUGCCCCCGGUGCCAGGUCAAGGGAGUCACCUGAGGUGGGACGGAAAAAAAUACGAGGACAUCCCCAUACUCCACGUCCUUGCUACCUACAACAACACGCACAUCAGCGUCAGCAAUAAAAACGUGCGACUUGUUUAUACUACUUGUGGCAGUGAAGGGUUCAGAGAUGCCAAGAGGGGCACUGCUGUUGCAGCACAUGCUGCAGGCCUUGCAGCAGCAGUGAAAGCCUGCAGGAAGGGUGUGUCCCAUGUGCGAGUGAUAUUGAAAGGCCUGGGACCUGGGCGCUUGGCUGCCAUCCAGGGGGUGAUCAUGGGGGGGUUGGAGAUCAUCUCCAUCACGGACAACACCCCGGUUCCACACAAUGGCUGCCGUCCCCGGAAGGCACGAAAAAUCUGAGACAGGAAUGGAAGAGAGGCACUGAGCAGUGAUGGCUAGUGCAACGUAAACUGGUUCAAGGGUUUGCUUUUACAUCACAUCUUUGAAGGAUGUUUUCCCUGAAAGACAAGUAGAAUGGACAUGGGCCAUUAGCCUGACAGUGGAAGCAAGAAUGUAUUUUACCUGCCUAGUGGGAAACCUUUUGUCUGUAAAACUGGUAAAUUAAAAUGGUUAUCUUUCUGAUGGCCUCUCCUGCUGGCUUCCUGGA